AUGAGUGAUAAACUUCGUUAUGAUGGAAAGGUUGUUGUUGUGACCGGCGCGGGCGGCGGUCUCGGCAAGGCCUAUGCUUUGUUCUUUGGUGCCCGCGGUGCCUCCGUUGUCGUUAACGACCUUGGUGGCUCCCUCCAAGGCGGCGAUGGCAAUGCUCGCGUUGCCGACGGCGUCGUCAAGGAGAUUGAGGCUCUCGGCGGUAAGGCCGUUGCCAAUUACGAUUCGGUUGAGAAUGGUGACAAGAUCGUCGAGACUGCCAUCAAGGCUUUCGGUACCGUCCACAUUGUCAUCAACAAUGCUGGUAUCUUGCGCGACAAGUCUCUCAAGAACAUGUCCGACCAGGACUGGAACCUCAUUCAGCAGGUUCACGUUUUCGGUUCCUACAAGGUUACCAAGGCUGCUUGGCCCUAUUUCCGCAAGCAGAAGUUUGGCCGUGUUAUUAACACCGCUUCUGCUGCUGGUCUUUACGGCAACUUUGGUCAGACCAACUACUCAGCCGCAAAGCUGGGUUUGGUUGGUUUCACUGAGACCUUGGCCAAGGAGGGCGCCAAGUACAACAUCACUGCCAAUGUCAUUGUGCCCCUUGCUGCCUCUCGUAUGACCGAGACCAUCUUGCCCCCUGACGUUCUCGCCAUGUUGGCCCCCGAGUACAUUGUACCCGUUGUUGGCUACCUCGUCCACGAGUCAGUUACCGAGUCCAACGGUAUUUACGAGACUGCUGCCGGUGUCGUCACCAAGGUCCGCUGGGAGCGCUCUAACGGUGCUGAGUUCAAGGCUGAUGAGACCUUCACUCCUUCUGCAUUGCUUGCCCGUAUUGACGAGGUCCAGAACUUUGAUGAAAACUGCGACCACCCCACUGGUUCCAAGGACCUCAUGUCCGUUGUCGAGCGCAAUGCUGACCUCAAGCCCUCUCAACAGGGCCCCGAAGUCAGCUUCAAGGAUCAGGUCGUCAUUGUCACCGGCGCCGGUGCUGGUAUUGGCCAGCAGUACGCCUUGACUUUCGCCAAGCUUGGUGCCAAGGUUGUCUGCAACGAUUUAGGUAACCCUGAGGAGACCGUUGAGCUCAUCAAGAAGGCCGGUGGCCAGGCUGUUGCCGACAAGAACAACGUCACCGACGGUGCUGCCGUUGUUAAGACUGCCAUUGACAACUUCGGUGCUGUCCACGUUGUUGUCAACAACGCUGGUAUUAUCCGCGACAAGUCUAUGGUGAACAUGACCGACGAGCUUUGGCAGGUCAUUCAGCAGGUCCACCUGUUUGGUACCUUCUCUGUCACCAGAGCGGCUUGGCCUUAUUUCCUCAAGCAGAAGUACGGCCGUGUGGUCAACACCACCUCCACUUCUGGCAUCUACGGUAACUUUGGUCAGGCUAACUACGCUACUGCCAAGGCUGGUAUUCUUGGUUUCACCAAGUCUGCUGCCAUUGAGGGUGCCAAGUACAACAUCUACGUCAACGCUAUUGCCCCCACCGCUGGCACUGGUAUGACCUCCGGUGUCUUCACUGAGGAAAUGCUUGAGGCCCUCAAGCCCCAGUACAUCGCCCCUAUUACCGUUUUGCUUUGUAGCGAGCAGGCUCCUGGUAGCGGUUUGUGCUUCGAGUCUGGCGCCGGUUGGGUCGCCCAGACCCGCUGGCAACGCACCGGUGGUGUCGCCAUUGCUCCUGGCAAGGACGGUGUGACUGUCGAGCAGAUUCGCGACAACUGGGCCGCGAUCACCAACUUCGAUGAUGGCCGUGCCACCCACCCCGAGACUGCUGCUGAGUCCAACAUGUACAUCUUCCAGAUGGCUGCUGAGGCUGCCCAGUCUCGUAGCGAAGAGGGCUCCGGCAGUGAGAUCACCUCCACCGGUGAGUACACAUACGACGAGAAGACUAUUUCUCUUUACAACUUGGGUGUUGGUGCCUCUGCUAAGGACCUCAAGUACACUUUUGAGAACAAUGAGAACUUUGGCCCUGUGCCCACUUUUGGUGUCAUUCCCAUGUUCUUCGCUCACUUCCCUUACGAGGAGGUCGUUCAAAACUUCAAUCCCAUGAAGCUGUUGCACGGUGAGCAGUUCUUGGAGAUCAAGAAGUGGCCUAUCCCCAACGAGGCAACUCUUGUCACCGAGGGCAAGCUGCUGGACCUCGUUGACAAGGAGAAGGCUGCUGUUGCCAUGGUUGAGUACACCACCAAGGACAAAGAGACCGGCGAGCCCCUAUUCUACAACGUUAUGUCCACUUUCUUGCGUGGAUCUGGUGGCUUCGGUGGUAAGAAGCAGGCUGAUGACCACGGCGCGGUUACUGCCGCCAACAAGCCUCCUUCCCGCCAGCCCGACUACGUUGUCGAGUACAAGACCCCCGAGGACUUGGCUGCCAUCUACCGUCUAUCUGGUGAUUUCAACCCUCUUCACAUUGACCCCGAGUUUGCUGCCGUCGGUGGCUUUGACCGUCCUAUCUUGCACGGUCUGGCCACUCUUGGUGUUUCUGGCCGUCUUUUGGUCGAGAAGUAUGGCGUCUUUAAGAACAUCAAGGUCCGUUUCUCUGGCCACGUCUUCCCCGGUGAGACUUUGCAGGUUAAUGCCUGGAAGGAGGGCUCUAAGGUCAUCUUUGUGACCAAGGUCUUGGAGCGCGGCACCACUGCCAUCUCCGCUGCUGCCAUCGAGCUUCCUACCGACUCCAAGUCUAAGCUCUAA